AUGACUACCUUUCUCACAUCACACGCCCGUGCCUUUGAUAGCAUCAUCUUCGACCUUGGCGAUGUCCUCUUCACCUGGUCUCCCGCGGCUGAAACUCCAAUUCCGCCCAAGACUCUUCAGCAAAUUCUCAGAACUGCCACAUGGUUCGAGUACGAGAAGGGGGGCAUCUUAGAAGCCGAGUGCUAUGCCGCAGUAGCGCGCGAGAUGGGCUUGCACCCGGAGCAAGUCAGGAUAGCGUUCGAGGGUGCCCGUGACACGCUCGCUGCUCGCUCGUCCAUGGUUGAGCUCAUCCGCGAGCUGAAACAGGGCCGAAAGAUCUAUGCCAUGUCUAACAUCUCAGCACCCGACUGGGAAGUCCUGAGAGGCAAGCUUUCCGAUUGGGAUAUCUUUGACCAUGUCUUCACAUCCGCAUCCGCCAAGGAGCGCAAACCGAACAUCGGAUUUUAUCGUCAUGUCCUCGAGCAGACCGGCGCGGACCCGACUCGCACGAUUUUCGUCGACGACAAAGUCGACAAUAUACUCACUGCACGCUCGUUCGGCAUCACUGGAGUCGUAUACGAUCACUUCAACAACGUCGAACGCACCCUGCGGAACCUAUGCGGCGAUCCUGUCGAGCGUGCCCAGGCAUUCAUGCGCGCCAACGCCCAACAUCACACUACCUUCACCUCGGAUGGCCAUCCAAUCAAGGAAAAUUUCUCACAGCUCCUUAUAUUGGAAACCACCGGUGAUGCGUCUCUGGUUGAGAACAUCCCGGAAUCCGACGGGCCAAUCAAUUUCUUCCGUGGCAACGGCCAGUUCACGACCGCCGAGUUCCCAUGCGACGUCGACACCACUUCCAUCGGGUUCACUAUAUCCACUCUCGCCUCUGCUCAUAACAAAAGCCGCAUCAUGGACGAAAUUCUCAAGCUUCGCGACUCCGAUAAUAUACUUCAGGUCUAUUUCGAUGCGUCAAGGCCGCGACUGGACCCCGUAGUCUGCAUCAACGCCUUGACUUUUUUCAGCGCCAACGGCCGAGGCCAUGAACUUCAAGAGUCUUUCGACUGGGUUGAAGCUGUGCUCACUCAUCGUGCUUAUGUUGAUGGCACCCGAUACUAUGAAACUGCCGAAGCGUUUCUUUUCUUCCUUUCAAGGCUCCUCGCGGUCUCGCCCUAUGCUCGUCACCGCCUCCAGUCCGUCUUUGAAGAACGCUGUCGUGAGCGCAUCGGGAUGGAAGGCGACGCACUCGCGCUCGCGAUGCGCAUCAUAUGCUGUUCCAACGUGGGUAUAGAUUUGCCCCUCGAACGAGCGCGGCUGCUGGAGUUGCAGCAAGUAGACGGGGGGUGGGAUGAAGGCUGGUUCUACAAGUAUGGUUCUCAUGGCGUGCGAAUCGCCAAUCGCGGAGUUACCACGGCGUUCGCUAUCAAGGCGAUUGAGACUUUUGCAGGAAGGAAGUUGGAUAGUGGGGAGCACUAA